AUGGAUAACGGUCCAGCAUCUCGGCCUGCGAAGAGGGCGAAGAAGGGGUCGGCUUGCUUGCAUUGUCGGCACAUGAAGUUGAAAUGCGAUUUGGCUACUACGGCCUCGAGGAGCUGUACUCGCUGUACGCGAACGGGGAAGAAUUGCUCAGAUGGGCAGGUUUAUAGGAGGACGACCAAUAAACAGCGUCUAGACACACUGGAAAAUGAAUUCAAGCGCAUGCAGCAAAGGAUGGAAGCGGCAAAUACACUCACUCCCCUACCCCAGUACUCGCAUGAAGCAUCUGAGAUCAACGAAUGGGAUGACUGGACGGAGGAAACCGCACUCCAGAAUAUGACAUCCCAGACGCUGGAAAGUGUUACCCUUCAGGGUCAUGAGAUAUUAGCUCUCAUCAAAGAGUUUUAUGCGACGCUUCACCCGCUGUUUCCUAUCCUCCCAUCGCUCCCUGAUUUCAUCAAAACCUACAAUGCGAAUAGGCUUCUGUUGUGGACAGUUAUUGCCGUCGCCUGCAAAGAAUCAGCGCAGUAUACUCAUCUAUAUGUCACUCUUGUCGACCCGGUCCGCAGGCUUGCGGGUGAUCUGUAUAAUACGCAAAGUCGACAUUUUGAAACAAUCCAAGCGCUAUUACUCUUAUGCAUCUGGCCUUUUCCGUUCCAGCAAACCGCGCAUGAUCCAUCGCCUAUGUACUGUGGUCUCGCUACGCAACUGUCUUACCAGCUAGGUUUGCAUCGGCCGAACCAGCAUAUGCAUUGGGAGUACGGAGCGACGGGCUCAAAUUAUCGGGUCGAUUUGCAGCGGAGGAAAGCUUGGAUUGGUUGUUUUGUUGUUAACCAUAUUAUCUCCACGAGACUGGGCACCCCGUCAGCGGUUCAGCCUGGCCAUGCUAUUCUACUCGAGAUCGCCAAGAUUUCCACCUCUGAGCUACCAGCACCUUUGCUGCACUACGCCCAUAUUGCAUACGUUGGAAUGAAGGCUCUCGAGGCCCUUGGGGACGAUGCAUCAUCUGCCACCGGCGAGGCAAAAUAUCCGAUCCCCUUGGUCACCACCUUUGACCAGAAACUGACCACCAUGCGCGAAAGCCUAAGUUCCAAAUGGUCCAGCUUGGCAGAGGCCUUCUUUCUGGAAACCAAGCUCCAGAUACUUUCUUUUGCUCUGGAUGAGGAUAACUAUCCCGAUUCGAUGCUCGCCGUUGAUCUUUCAGCUUUGACCAUCUAUGACCGGGCCUCGACUGCCUCCCAACGCGUCCUUGAACUCGCUGCCAUGGAAACGAGUGAGACGCGUUAUUGGCCAAUCUUCGCGAAACACUCCUCGAUGUACGCCACAAUUAUGGCAUUCCGGCUAGCGUGUAUAGCUCAACCAGGAUCAUCGCAACAAGCUCGUUUGCAGCAAACUAUCCUGGAUGGCGUGACUUUGGUCAAAUCUUGGUCGAUGUUCCAAAAAGACAACUUUGGACGUUUUUGCUCCCAUAUGGAAUAUCUCUCUCGCAAGCUCGGAAAGAAUCAGAAAGAGUCCCUUCCAACGUUGUGGUCUAUGGGAUCCUGGCAGGAAAAGCAGUCCGGGUUUGGAAGUCCUUUCUAUAAACCGGCUGUUAAAUCUCGCAUGGCGGCCAACAUUACAUAUGAUACGAUCUGGGCGAGUAAGCAUGCAAUCUUGGAAGAGGAGCAGAAGUCUCGGGUGGUAUACAUUCAAGAUCCGGAUCAGUCGUUAAGAGCUGGCCUCGCUGAUGUUCAUCACGUCUCACCGAUGAGAUCAGCCGAUGUUCCCGGGCUUCCUGUGGAUUUUCUCCUUGAUGAUAAUGCAUUCCUAUUCAAUGAAAGCUCGGACAUUAUGAACAUUUUUGAGGACUGGGAAAAUUUGGUUGGCAAUUCUUGA